AUGGAGUAUCUCAGGAAGAAGGCUCAAGGAAGCCGACAAGCGAUAGCCACUGAUACUACCCUCCAGCGGACGAUACGGUAUGGCACGAAAGCCGUCCGCGCCGCACCUUCAGUGACAGGCCAAUAUCUACUUCAGAAGGCGCCCAUCAUUCAAUGGCUGCCGAAGUACAACCCGCGAUGGCUACUGAACGACACAUUAGCCGGUAUCACUGUUGGCGUUCUGCUCAUCCCUCAGUCUCUGGCGUACGCGAAGAUUGCGACAAUCCCCGGACAGUAUGGACUUAUGUCGAGUUGGCUGCCUAACUUUCUGUACCUGAUCAUGGGCACAUCUAAGGAUCUGUCUACUGGUCCUACGUCGCUCAUGGGUCUCUUGACAGCGGAGAUAAUCGCAGAUGUUGCCCAAGACGGAUACUCACCGCAAGCCAUCGCUUCCGCUGUUGCUAUGUCCGUCGGCAUUUACUCCAUGACGCUAGGCUUGCUCAAGCUAGGAUUUCUGCUAGAGUUUAUUUCCGUGCCUGUUCUGAGCGGCUUCAUCUCCGCAGCUGCCAUCGUCAUCAUGCUCGGCCAAAUCCCCUCGCUAUUCGGCAUCACUGUCGGCUCCGGUACGGCGAACAUCAUUCACGACCUUUUCGCCAAGAUACCACAAUACGACGGUCCGACAUGCGGAGUGGGUCUUGGGGGCCUUCUACUGCUCUAUCUCAUGCAGAAGAUGGGACAGCGCUGGGGCAAGAAGAACAAGGCCAUAUGGCUGCUAGCACUUGGGCGUAGUGCUGUAGUCCUCAUUCUCUUCGCUGGUAUCUCGUACGCAGUGAACAAGGACAUCGACCUUGAGAAUGACGAUCCUGUCUGGGCACUCAGCAAGGUAAAGUCUGAUGGGAUUGCAACGCCUCGCAUGCCAGACUCGGCACUUAUCGGCAAGGUAUUCGCCCGAAGCAUUGCGCCCUUCAUUGCAGCUGCGCUUGAACAUCUAGCUAUCGCUAAAGCCUUUGGUCGCAAGAACGGCUACGUUACCGACGCUGCACAAGAGCUAGUUUAUCUCGGCUUCACCAACUUCUUCAAUUCUUUCUUCUCCUCCAUGGCGGUCGGAGGUGCUAUGUCGCGGACUGCGGUCAAUUCAGAGUCCGGUGUCAAGUCUCCAGCUUAUGGUUUGAUUGCGGGUGGUGUGGUCAUCCUCAGUAUCUUCAAGCUUUCGCCAGCACUAUACUGGAUACCGAAAGCUACAUUGGCAGCUAUCAUUGUUACGGCAGUAUGGCACAUUGUAGUUCCCCUCAAAGUCUUUUACGGAUAUUGGCGCACCUCACUCGUCGACUUUACUACCUCCAUGCUAGCUUUCUGGCUCACCCUCUUUGUCUCCUCAGAAGUUGGGAUCGGCACGGCCGUCGGAUUCAACAUCGUCUACCACCUCCUCUUCAUGGCCUUCCACCGCGUUCACCGCAUAACGUCUAUCGAAGUGGCUUCUCACGGCCGCCAAUCCGGUAUGCAUCCCACUCCUCUCGAUACCCAAGUAUUUCGCAUCCACCAGUCUAUGCUCUUCUACAACGCCUACCACAUCAAGACGCAGUGCCUCGACGCGGUCCAGACAUUCAACUCCGGUGAUGUGGCGACGCUAGAGGCUGCGCACGCAAACCGCAACUGGAGUGUCGCUGGCAAAGAUCGCGCAUUGCGUCUCCGUACGAAAGCCGAGAUCCUCGAAGAGCCUGUUCAGAUUCGCAGUGUCGUGCUGGACAUGUAUGCCAUGCAUAAUAUCGACACAACAGGUCUUACACAUUUGAAAGAUCUGAAAGCAGAUAUCGAGGCGUAUGGUGGGAAGAGUACGCAGUUCCGACUCGUAGGGCUAAACGACCGUGUUCGCGAGCGCUUCGCGAGGUUCGGGUGGAAGCUCCGCGAUGUGGCUGAUGUCAAUAAGAAAGGCACGAUGGUAUAUGACACAGUCGAGGAAGCUGUCUUCCGCCGCUCAAGGACAUUUUCGUCGGAUGAGAUCGAAGUGGAGCCUACCGAGGUGUUUGUUGUCGGUGAUGAGAAGAGUAAGGUGUAG